CAAUGAAUAAAAUCGAUAACAAAAACAACAACAAAGACAUCACCGCUUCGAGGAUGAAGUAAGCUUGCCUUGUGAGAGAAUUAAGUUUUUUACCUGAGCAUCGAGACUUCUUUCUAGAGUUUGAAGAUCAGUGACAUUACAUGAUGACUUUGUCAGCCACAGCUGUAGAGUUUGUUCCAGGAAGAUACUGGAAUGGGUUACAAAAUGAACCGGAGUCUGACUACAUUGUAGAAUUGAAUGACAUUCUGUAUCAACUGAGCAUCAAUCCUGGCUUGUUUCAAGAAUGCAUGAAUUCAUUGACUGACAUCCUCUCAGUGUCCAUCAGAGAAGACUGGCAGUUGAGUGAAGUCGCUGAUGUCAUAUUUGAACAGUCCAUUAUGGAGCCAAACUUCACGUAUACAGGAGCCCGAAUGAUUGAUCACCUAUUCAAGACCUUACCAGUUCAACCCGGCAGCAGAAACAUCCGCACACUCAUCAAUGAAAGAGCCAAGGAAGUUGUUGUAAGGAAGGAAGAGAUGGCAUUAGACCCUGCACAACACAAGAGAUUACAUGGUGUUACUAUGUUUAUGGCUGAACUCUUCAUGAAUAUGGAGAUCAUAGGUGGCGAUGGCACUAUCCAUAAGGUCAAGGUUUACAGAGUAGCACUCCAAGAACUCUUCCAGUCUCUGACAGACCACCCCUCAGAAGCAAACCUGAAGUGUCUAUGUAACAUAUUCAAGUUGGCAGGGAAAACGAUAGAGGAUUAUGAUCGAGAAAUGAGCAACAGUCAGUCGUCAGAGCUAAUUAACAAGAUCUUCAAUGAUGGAAGGAAUUAUAUUGUCAAUGGCGAGGUUGACAGAUCUAUCAGAGAGCAGUGGCUGCGACUGAUUGAAUUCAGAGCUUCAGACUGGGGGAGGAGGCCAAUCAACGGUCAAAGGUCAAGGUAUGAAGAGCCAGUAGGGGCCAUCGCUAUGAAUGGGGAUGCUGGAGGAGAUGUGUUUACGAAUAUCCCUACAUUUUACAGUUCAAAGGGAACAGUAAUAUCUGCAGAAGAAGCUGGUUUCAAAGCAGAGCUGUUUAACCCAGAGGACUAUUCUUACGAAGAUGAAACUGACCCCAACAAUUUGAACUUUGACCCUGCCCUGGAUCACUAUGGCUGGCAACCCGAAUUAGGGGAUGGGUCCGGUGUAACAUCCGAUAUGGCUGAUGCUUACGAGGCUUUCCUGAGGGAAACGGGCCAAGAGGACCAAUCUGGACUGACAUGGGGCCUGGAAUGACGUCAUGUAACUAUCACAGGUGCCAGAACACUUUGAGCAUGCAAAGGAUCAGAGGGAUGUUAUAAUGGGUUGACAGUGGCAUGCCCCUUCAGUCCUUUGUGAAGGCCAAGCAUUCCAAUGUCACUGGUAAGGGAAACUGUCCAGGAAAACCAAUUGGGACUGACGUGGGGCCUCGAAUUAUGUCAUGUGGCUAUCAGAGGCGCUGGAACACUUUGAGCACACAAAGGACUGUAGGGGCAUGCCCCUUUAGGUUAACAAUGCCAUGCCCCACCAUUCCUUCAUGAAGGCCGAUCAUGCUGUUGUCACCGGUGAUCAAUAUGUUGAAUAUCAUUCGACUUUUUAGGAUGGAGUGUCAUCAGAAAUGCUUGAGGAUUUGUGAUUUCUCAGCUGUCAUUGCCCUUGGAGGUAGAUUAACCUGUUGACUACUUAAUUCUGUCAUUCCAACAGGUUUUGUAGAGGGACCACCUGGUUCCAGUAGGCAUUGUGUUAAAGGAAAUGAUCAAUCUCAUUCACUUGCUGAAAAUCCUCCUCCAAAAGUUCCCUCUGGGAUUCCAUGGGGAGCCUUCAUGAAGUGUUUUUUCAGUGAUUUUCUGUCACAUUUUAUAAAUGGUUCCUAGCUGUCUUGAACAGUACUUUGUGAUGAGUGCACACCUUGGCUGAUAUCAAUGAAAACUACAAGUAUUUACCAAGCAUUGACUAUAAUGAAAGCAAACUACACAUUAUGACAUGCACUUGUAAUCCAGGUUCAUGUGUAAGUUACAAACUAUUUUGGAGGUCUAAGGUUCAAGCCUCGGGUCAUGUCUUUUGGAUAGUGACGUAAUGGUAAAUCCCCAGAUAUAUUGAAACAUACAUGAUUGUUUACAUGCCUAAAAAAAACCAAGUAACAUGCAUACACUUGCACCAAGAACAAAUUUUGUAAUCAUUUGCAUGCAUAUCUAGAAGAUUAUUAGCUUAUAAAUGUUAGUACAUCUCCUUUUGCAGUUGUCCCCAAACCUCUCAAAAGGUGCUUUUGAACCACUAAAAACAUUUUCAAAAACAAAGUUGAAAGAUAGUGUAGUAGGUUUCACAAUACACCAUGUAUCUAUCUUGGGCAAGUGUUGGUCCUGAAAAGGACCAUCCAAUCUUGACGUUUUGACAAGUGUAUUGAUAUAAUAUGAAAGGUUAUAUCACUCUGCUUUGAAAAUUAAGUAACAUGAAUUUUUUUUAAAUCAAUAAUGAACAAAUUAAUAUAUACUGGUAGUCAUGUUUGAAAUUAUACAUGUCAUUCAAAUUUUAGGAAGUCUAUUUAUAGAUGGAAAUUUUUUGCUAUUAUACACAUGAUAUGUCCAUUUCCUUUUGCAUUUCAAAGGACUGUAAAGCAUAUCUACAGCUAGAAAAACAUUUUAUCCACAAAAUAGUAUAAAAGAUCAUCAAAAACUAUAUCAAGCAUUGAACAUGUUAACAGUUCAUGAACAUCAAGGUGAAAUACUCUUACACAAGUGUCCAUGCGGAGCAGCAUACAAAUAAAUGUUUUCAAAAGUGUACUCAGGGCUGAAAAUAUGUAUUUGUAAAGAAAUAUAGUAAAAAUUACAGAGCAAAUGCUGAAAAAUUUCAUCAAAAUCUGAUUACAAAUAACAAAGUUAUUGAAUUUCAAAGUUUGGCAAUAUCUUUUUAAAAACAGUUACAUGCACGUCAUCGUUUAUAUUAAUUAGGCGGGCUGAUGAUGUCACAUCCCCACUGUCCAUUUUCUUAAUGUUAUCAUAUGAAAUCCAGUUUG